AGAAAGUCACCAGGGGGUGGGGAGAUGAUGACAGGUCCGGGAAGCCGCCGUCGGCAGCUGCAGACAGCGGGUGCUUGCUGCCCGCCUGCUCCGGGAACCGCGAAGCCGCCCCGGCCGCCCCCGCCAUGGGCUCCCCGCAGCGCCCGCCGCUCGCCCACGUCUUCAGGGGGACCUUCGUGCACUCCCGGCUCUCGGCGCCCAUGGAGAUCCUGCACGGACACCUGCUGGGGGUGGACGACGGCGGCACGAUUGUGUUUUUGGAGCAAGCUGAUCAGCAAGAGCAACUGGCUAAGAAGUGGGGCUUCAAAACGUCUGACAUAAGAGAACUGAGUCAUCAUGAAUUCUUCAUGCCAGGAUUGGUUGACACACAUAUUCAUGCUCCUCAGUAUUCAUUUGCUGGUACAAGAGUAGAUCUACCUCUUUUGCAGUGGUUAACUACUUACACAUUCCCAACAGAAGCCAAAUACAAGGACAGUGAUUUUGCAGAAGAAGUGUACACCAGAGUUGUUAGACGAACUCUAAAGAAUGGCACCACUACAGCUUGCUACUUUGCUUCAAUUCACACAGAUACUUCUCUUCUUCUGGCUGAAAUUAUAGAUAAAUUUGGACAACGAGCAUUUGUUGGCAAAGUUUGUAUGGAUAUAAAUGAUACUGUACCACACUACAAAGAGACUACAGCUGAUUCCAUCCAAGAGACAGAAAGGUUUGUUAGAGAACUAACGGAAAGGCAAUAUCCGAGGGUACAGCCUAUAGUAACCCCCCGCUUUGGCCCUUCCUGCACAGAAGAUUUGCUGCGUUCACUUGGUGAUUUAGCACAAGCUCAUGACCUACAUGUGCAGAGUCACAUAAGUGAGACUGAAGAAGAACUCAAACUUGUGGAGAAGAUGUUUCCUUCCUAUCAGAGUUACACUGAACUGUAUGAUAAAAACAAGCUGCUUACCAGCAAGACAGUGAUGGCUCACGCCUGUUAUCUUUCUGACGAAGAGCUGGAACUUUUCAAUCUUCGUGGAUCUGCAGUUGCACAUUGCCCCAGUUCUAAUUUUUCGUUGAGCAGUGGAAUCUUAAAUGUGCAGAAGGUUCUCAGACACAACGUGAAGGUUGGCCUCGGCACAGAUGUUGCCGGGGGAUAUUCAGCUUCUAUGCUUGAUGCUAUCAGGAAAACAAUGAUGGCAUCUACCACCCUUCAAAUUAAUAAAGUGAAUGAAAGAGGACUAACUCUUAAAGAAGUUUUUCAACUUGCAACUUUAGGAGGAAGCCAAGCUCUAGGACUAGAUGAUGUGAUUGGAAACUUUGAGGUUGGCAAAGAAUUUGACGCACUGCUCAUCAACACCAAGGCUUCAGACAGCCCUUUUGACUUGUUCUCUGCUGAUACUUUUGAGGACAGUCUUGAGAAGUUCCUUUAUCUAGGUGAUGAUCGGAAUAUUUCUGAAGUGUACGUGGCUGGAAAGCAAGUGGUUCCUUUUUCAAGUUCAGUAUAAAUCCAUUUUUCUUUUGUAAAAUAUUCUGCUGAUCUCUCUGCCUAUGAUUUGGAAAAGAUUGGAUAAAAACAGUGCCUGAUCAUCAGGAGUGACAUUUCAUUUAUGUUUAAUGUUUUAAAACUUGCAAAUGUGAGAAAAUCUGUUAGAUCUUUCAAGAAUAAUGUUACCAAAAUUGUCACAGUUCUAAGAUGAAACAGGCAUUUAAAUUUCUCUGUAAAAAUAGCAUAUGUGCAUCAACAAGGGAUUUGCUAAAUAUCUUACUUGAAUAGGACAACUGGUGUUCCUUUUAAUAAUAAUGUAAGAAGUAUUAAGAAGACCAAACAAAUUCUCACUGUCUAUAAGAUGUUUUAAUUGAAAAAAAGGCCAGUGCUGAUAAAUAAUUUUUGCAAAUAAUGAAUAUCACAAACAAAUGUAAUUUCCUUUAUAUUAUCACCAAGUACGGAGAAUUUAGUGGCAUUUAAGGGCAUUCAGAACAUUUUUCAUUUUUGUUUAUGUGUGUGAUUAGUUUUUAAAACUUAAUUUUAAAUAUUUUUAAUUGAAAUUAAUUAAGAAGUAUGUAUUUAUAAGCAAUUAAGGGUCCUUAUUAUCAACAAGCUCAGAUUUCUCAUUAGUAGUCAGGAAAAAGAGAACUGGUGGAAGAACCAAGUAAAAAAUACAGAAUUGGUCAAACAGCCACAAGCUGCAAGAGCGGAAAGGCUGCGCCAUUUUGUGAUGCUGUGAGCUGAAACUGUAUUUCCUCAAAUUUGACUCUGAUGUUUAGAAGCAGUCUGCCUAAUCUUCCACCCAUUGAAUCUACCCACGUAUUGAAUCUCCUUCAGCUGAGUGACCGCUGAAUGAAACUUGCAUAAAACCAGAAGCAGGCACUAGGUUUCCGAGUGUGCUUCUCGAUGACAAACAAAUACUUUUUUGCUGAACUAGAGGGCGUGCUUCCUCUAGUUCAGCCUCUUGCAGAACCUUACUAAAUUCAUUUGCUCCUGAUUAUUCAGACUAUGAGCUAAAAUGUGCCUUCUGCUUUCUGUAGUAGAAGUGAGCAUGUUUAAAACAAAAUCUGCAAGAAAUGGUCUAUCUCACUGUUACCACCUUUGACCUGAGAUUCCUCUCUGGAAAGAAGCAACUCAGUUUCAAUGUGUUCCUUUGUGUCUUGCAACACUGGAACAGUAAUUCCAGCCCUGUACAAAGCCAGUUUAAAAAAAAAAAAAAAAAAAAAAAAAGUGCGCUUUUUAUUUUAUUAGUCCACUUGAUUUCCUUUAUUAAAAAAGUGUAUUUUCCUGCUUGUUAUUGGAGGUUUUAUUUUAUUUUGUUUUGUUUUGUUUUGUUUUGUUUUUCCCAGUAGGGUUAGUUUGAGAAGGGAGUUUCUUGUUCCUUUGUUAUGUGGUGUUUUUUUGUUUGUUUGUUUGUUUUUUUAAUGCAAAGAAUGUAAACUUUAAUUUCAGUGUCAGUGGAGACAAUAUUGCACUGCAUUACUAUAUAUAUGUGUUGAAUAUGGUUUUGAGGCUUGCUUCAAACUCCUUUGAUUCCGAUGAGCUUAGUUUCAUACUUUUAUCUCACUGCCUGAUGAUAAAAAAAGGCACAAGACCUCCUUGUGCUUCUAAAACAAGGGAGGUAACUGCUUGAAAGUCACGCUCUGGGUCUGUGUACGAGGAAACAUUUGGCGUAGUAUCACUGACAACUUGCUCUGAUUUUGACAAGCAUUUUCAGAGUUUGCAUACAGUUAAGGUUAUGCCUAGAUAAGACAGUUUAACAUCAAGUGGAACUAUACAAGCUAGCUUAAGCACUGAAAGUACCUACAGUCAUUUUCAGUGUGUUGUGUGUGUGUGUGUAUUUUUUUUCUUGAUGCAGAGUAGACCUACUGAACAGCAUGGUAUUUUGGCUUGCAUAUGCCGCCCUAAAGCAGCUGCACUGCUUGCUCAUAUAGAGUUAGCUCAGGUAUCUUCACAUGGCACUGGUCUGUGCUGUAUGUUUGCUGAAGUACACUCUUUGUUUCCAUUAUGUUUAAUCAUUCCUAAGGCUUUAGGAUCAAGGUGUCUGCUUAAAAAGAUUGUUCUUCAUGUGUCCCAAUUACAUACAUAGUAGCACACUUUCUUGGCAAAUACAAUCUGCAAUUCUUUAACUUGGUUUCCUGGUUCAGGGAGCAUUUUUCCUCAUGAAUUUUGACAUGAAUUAAUUGACCAAAUUUCACAUUCCAAAACCAAAGAUCUGUGAGACAUAUGUUUUAAUUCUCCAGUUACUGUCUGAAACUAUUUUUAGGGAGUUGCAUGGUUUACAGCUUUGGCUUUCCUGUAGGCAUGUAUUUUGGGACAGAGAAAGAUUACGCAGCCUUGUGUACUAUGUAUGUUUGUGCUGUAGUUCUUUGCUUCCAGAGCUAUGAAUUAUAUCAACACUUUUAUUUAGUGGUAGUCCAAACCGUGCCUGACUUUAUUGCUUUCUUGCUAUUUUGUGGUGUUGUUAAGAAUGGGAUUCAGUAUUUCUUCUUGAAAGAUUUGGCAGGGGGAGGAGGGAUUGCUUAUUUGCAAACUGGGAAUACAGAAAAAAAAAAAAAAAAAAAAAGAUCUAACAAGCUCAACACUAGCUCCUGCUGGCCCAUUUACAAAGGGACUCCCUAGGAAAAGUGCUGCCAGUGAGCUUUGGAUUUGGAUAUGGGAUGUAUAAUGAGCAGUUUCACUGUUGUUAAAUUCAGGCACAAGGCGGAAACUCAGCUUUUUGCUUAUAGCUUUACUGGUGUCUGGUAGCCAGACACAGCCCAGACUUAGAACUGGAGAAUCAACUUUUCAAGAAUCUCAGCUGAAGGAGGAGCUCUUCCUGCAGCACCAUACAUUCCCUAUGACAGGGACGAGCAUGGGUCAAGAUGAACAGUGUUACAUUGAACUGUGAGAUGCUUAGUGGUAAAGAAGCCAGAAUUUGGUGUAAGAUGGAGCCAGUGGAGGAAUUAAUAUAGCCAUGUAAAGAACAAAUCAGAAGGUAGUUUCAAUAGAAGCAUCUUAAAUAGAAUUGAAGAAUGCAAGACUGUAAUGCCAGGAAAAAAAAAAAAAAAAAAAAAAAAAAAAAACAAAAAAAAAAAAUGAAGUAGGGCCCUCUGAGGUAGACCUAGAAGCUCUUUCAGUGGAAGAUGGCUUACAUACUGAAAUCUUAAUGUUUUAGGAGAGUCAGAGGAUGUGUUAGCCAGACUUCUCUGAAGCAAUUUUGGGAAAGUCACUGAGGAUCCCACUGUGAAGUAUUAGUCCUUGGGACUCUGGUUAUGUGCAGAUAGCCAAGCUGCUUGGUGCAGUAGGAGAAUAUCAGUAGAUGAAAGCAGUUACUGCUGAUACUCGUACCUCUACACCGUAUGCAGUCAGUGCCCACCUAUAGCCUGAUUCCUUGGAUGAAUGUCCCCACUGCUUACGUGCUCUGAAGCAAGCCAAAUAAUUGGUGCAGAUGCUUGAAGUCUCUAUUAGAGGUUGGAGUGUAUCUGAGCCUCCGGGGUAGAUUUUUCCAAGAGAAACUUAAUCCUUGGUGGUAUACCAAAACCACCCUACAAACUGAACCAAUAUUCAGUAAGUGAGGCUGACAGGGAAAUUAACUUCAAAAUGCUACUAUCUCAACCCAAAAAUGCUAACUGAGGCAAGGACAUAACACCAUUCCCCCCUCUUACUUAUUGCCACAGAAAACAAAAGAAAGCAACUUCCUUUCUCCUCCUUCCUCUUUCAAAAAAAAAAAAAAAAAAA